AUGCUACUCUCUUCGAUUAUUUUCCCCAAAUCAAAAAUAGGAAAAGAAAAUAAAAAACAUCUCUCCCGCCAAAUAUUUUCCCCAAAUCAAAACCCUAACUCCUCACCAAACCAAAUCCACACUUCUACUCUCACUUGAAACCUAACCUCCGAUUCUCUCCAAUUUCGCACUAAAUUUUACUCUAACUCAGUUUCAUUCACUCCAAUUUCGAAAAAUAAUAAAGAACGAUGCCGUCAAUGGUAUCAACAACGGGCAAAAUCCUGAAAUUAGAGAUAGAAAACUUCAAAUCAUACAAAGGCCAUCAAACAAUCGGUCCAUUCAAAGACUUCACCGCAAUAAUUGGACCGAACGGAGCUGGAAAAUCCAAUUUAAUGGACGCCAUUAGCUUUGUUCUCGGUGUGCGUACUGGUCAAUUGCGCGGGGCCCAGCUUAAGGACCUAAUUUAUGCUUACGAUGACCGCGAGAAGGAGCAGAGAGGACGUAGAGCUUACGUGAGGCUGGUUUAUUUGUUAACAAAUGGGUCGGAGCUCCAUUUUACUAGGACGAUUACGAGUGCGGGUGGUAGUGAGUAUCGAAUUGAUGGGAAGGUUGUUAACUGGGAUGAGUAUAAUGCAAGGUUGAGGUCUCUGGGUAUUCUUGUUAAGGCUAGAAAUUUUUUGGUCUUUCAGGGUGAUGUGGAAUCAAUUGCAUCUAAAAACCCGAAAGAGUUGACUGCACUGCUUGAACAGAUCUCUGGGUCUGAGGACCUCAAGAGAGAAUAUGAGGAGCUGGAAGAAAAGAAGGCGAGUGCUGAAGAAAAAUCAGCUCUCGUUUAUCAGAAAAAAAGAACAGUAGUUUUAGAGAGGAAGCAAAAGAAAGAGCAGAAGGAAGAAGCAGAAAAACAUCUUCGCUUGCAAGAGCAAUUGAAAGCUUUAAAAAAAGAACACUUCUUAUGGCAAUUGUAUACUAUAGAUAAAGACAUUCACAAGUUCAAUGAUGACCUUGAAAGUGAAAUAAGAAAUCGUGAAGCUGUCAUGCAUGAACUAGGGAACUUUAACUCUGAAGAAAAUAAGAAAAAGAAAGAACUAGCCAAGUACCAGAAAGAGAUGGCUCAUUAUGAAAAGAAGAUAGCAGAUAGAAGUUCUAAACAUGGCAAGAAUCAACCUGAGCUUCUGAAAGUAAAUGAGGCAAUGACUCGAAUAAAGUCCAAAAUUAAGAAUCACCGUAAGGAGCUUGAUAAAAGAAGAGAUGAAAAGAGGAAACACGCUGAGGAGAUAGAUGAACUGCAGAAAGGAAUUCAGGAUCUGACUGCAAAACUAGAAGAUCUGCAAGAAAAAAGUCGAGAUAGUGGUGAAAAACUCCCUUUGGCUGAAGGUCAAUUAGAAGAAUAUUUUCGGAUUAAGGAGGAUGCUGGGAUGAGAACUAUCAAGCUGAGAGAAGAAAAAGAGGUUCUGGACAGGCAACAGCAUGCUGAUAUUGAAGCUCUUAAGAAUUUGGAAGAAAACUUACAACAGCUGAAAAAUAGGGAGCAUGAACUAGAUGCACAGGAGGCACAAAUGCGAGCAAGACAAGAAAAGAUUCACGAUACUUCCACAGAGAAUAAGAAGGAACUGACUGAUUUGAAGAAGGAAUUGAGAGGGAUGCACGAUAAACAUAAAGAAUCCAGGCAAAAAUAUGAGAAUCUGAAGUCUAGAAUUGGUGAAGUAGAAAUCCAGCUACGUGAAGUUAAAGCUGAUAAAUAUGAGAAUGAGAGGGAUGCUAGGUUGUCUCAAGCAGUUGAGGAUCUCAAGCGCCUGUUUCAGGGAGUGCAUGGCCGGAUGACUGAUCUUUGCAGGCCAACCCAGAAGAAGUACAAUCUUGCUGUUACUGUAGCUAUGGGUAAAUUUAUGGAUGCAGUAGUGGUUGAAGAUGAAAAUACAGGAAAAGAGUGCAUUAAGUAUUUGAAAGAGAAAAGGCUUCCUCCUCAAACUUUUAUUCCUCUUCAGUCAGUUCGUGUUAAGCCAAUCAGCGAAAGGCUGCGUACCUUAGGUGGUACUGCAAAACUGGCCUUUGACAUCAUCCAAUUUGAGCCUGUCCUGGAGAAGGCAGUUUUAUUUUCUGUUGGAAAUACUCUAGUUUGUGAUGACCUAGACGAAGCCAAGGUUCUUAGCUGGAGCGGGGAAAGGUUUAAAGUUGUAACUGUUGAUGGGAUUCUACUCACAAAGUCUGGCACAAUGACCGGUGGUUCUAGUGGUGGAAUGGAAGCAAGGUCAAAACAGUGGGACAAUGAUAAAAUUAAAGACUCUAUUGCAAAGCUCAAAAAAAAGAAAGAACAGCUUGAAAAAGAGUUAGAAGAGCUUGGUUCAAUAAGAGAGAUGACUCUAAAAGAAUCUGAAGCAUCUGGGAAAAUUAGUGGACUAGAAAAAAAGAUUCAGUAUGCAGAUAUUGAAAAGCGAAGUAUCAAGGACAAACUUGAUAACUUGAAAAAGGAAAAGCAAAUUAUUAAAGAGGAGAUUGAUCGUGUAAAACCUGAACUACUUAAGUUAAAGAAUGCUGUUGACAAGAAGGCCACUGAAAUCAGGAAGCUGGAGAAGAGAAUCAAUGAGAUUGUUGAUCGUAUUUACAAAGAUUUUAGUAAGCUUGUUGGGAUAACUAAUAUCCGUGAGUAUGAAGAAAAUCAUCUGAAGGCUGCCCAACAUUUGGCUGAAGAAAGGCUCAACUUAAGUAAUCAGCUAGCAAAAUUGAAGUACCAGUUAGAGUAUGAGCAAAAGCGAGACAUGGAAUCAAAAAUCAAGAAAUUGGAAACUUCUAUUAGCUCCUUAGAAAACGAACUUGAACAAGUUCAGCAAAAAGAUGCUGUUGUUAAGUCAGCUAUGGAAACAGCCACUGCUGAUAUUGAUAAGUGGAAAGAAGAAGUGAGAGAGUGGAAAUCCAAGUCAGAAGUGUGUGAGAAGGAGAUGCUUGAAUGGAGGAAGCAGGGUUCUGCAGCUACAACUAACAUAUCAAAGCUCAACCGACAGAUAAACUCUAAGGAGGGACAGAUUGAGCAGCUUUUGUCUCGGAAGCAGGAUAUAGUUGAGAAGUGUGAACUAGAACAUAUAAACCUUCCAAUUACUACGGAUCCUAUGGAAAUAGACUCAAUUCCGGGCCCAUAUUUUGAUUUUAGUGAGCUGGAUAGCUCUCUUCAGGAUCGGAGACCUUCUGAUAGGGAAAAGAUUGAGGCAAAUUUUAAGCAAAAGAUGGAUGCCAUUGUAGCAGAAAUUGAAAAAUCUGCUCCAAAUUUGAAGGCUUUGGAUCAGUAUGAAGCUUUGCUAGAGAAGGAAAGAGAAGUGACUGAAGAAUUUGAAGCUGCCAGAAAGGAGGAGAAGCAAGUAGCUGAUGCUUACAAUUCAAUUAAGCAGAAAAGAUACGAGUUGUUUAUGGAAGCUUUCAACCACAUAUCAAAUAUUAUUGACAAAAUUUACAAACAACUAACGAAGAGUAGCACACACCCGCUGGGUGGGACAGCCUAUCUGAAUUUAGAAAAUGAUGAUGACCCUUUCUUACACGGCAUCAAAUAUACUGCCAUGCCCCCAACUAAGCGUUUUCGUGAUAUGGAACAACUGUCGGGUGGAGAGAAGACAGUUGCAGCCCUGGCAUUGCUCUUCUCUAUUCACAGCUAUAGGCCUUCGCCAUUUUUCAUAUUGGAUGAAGUUGAUGCUGCACUGGAUAAUUUAAAUGUUGCAAAGGUUGCUGGAUUCAUUCGCUCAAAAUCAUGCGAAGGAACACGGAAUAAUCAGGAUGCUGAUAAUGGAAGUGGUUUUCAGAGUAUUGUAAUAUCUUUGAAGGAUAGUUUUUAUGACAAGGCUGAAGCCUUGGUAGGGGUUUACAGGGAUGCAGAGAAAAGCUGUUCAAUGACUCUGACUUUUGACUUGACUGGAUAUCGACAGUCUUGAGAUUCCAAUUGCAGAUAAUUGCAUAUCUGAGUUAGUUAUUUGUUGUUUUGUGAAUACCCCAGUUUCUGACAUUCUCGCAAUCAGUGCUUGUAUAUAUGCAAAGGUCAGUGCAUUAAGUUCUGUUUUCUCAUCAUAAUAGGCAAGUGUUAGAUGUCGUAGUACUGGCUUUUCUCGUCAGAGUAGUACUACGAAAUUUGAAUCGCUAACGGGAAAGAUUCAAAAGACUGCAACAGAACAUGUGGAUGAUAGACAUCAAGGUCCUGAUUUUCUCGAGAAGAUUUAUGUUUUUUAAGCUGUAUAAAAGUGUUGAUCUUUUCAGAAGUUGGAAUUUCUAGUUUCAACUUAAAAAAAGAUGUCUAAGAUUGGAAAUAGUUGAUGUAUAUGUAAAUUGCAGUAGCAAACCAGUAGGCUAGAAACUGAUAUGAAAUGCAGGUUUUUGAUUUCUUUUAUGAAGCAAGUUUUAAUUUUC